UAGGCUUUAAAAAUUCCCUCUGAACUCUAUACAACAAACCAAACUGGUCCCAUUUCUAAAAAGCUAAAACUCUUUUUCUGUCAAACUCUCUUCCGUUUUGUUCCAUUUUUCUUAUUGAGACUUGUAAUGUGGCAAAAGCAGCACAAUACUUCUUCUUACAGUGAUUCUGUCAAGGCUCUUGAAGAUGAUAUUCAACAUGCUAAUAUCCUGGCAUCAGCACUUCCUCAAGAUUAUGGUGGGGACUAUUUUCAGAUGAAAUUAUCUUACAGCCCCUUUGCUCCUCUUUUCUUGUUCUUGAUUGAAUGGUUGGAUUUUAGUUGUACAGAUACUUUGCCUAUGUAUUUGGGCUUACUCCACAUACUUGUUUUCAAUGUAUAUGCUGAUGGAAUGCCAUCUAUUUCCUCAAAAGAAAGGAAAGCAACUAUAAAGGAAUUCUAUGCUGUUAUAUACCCUUCAUUAAGGUUACUUCAAGGUGAAUUUAAUAAUAAUGAUCAAAGAAGCAGCUAUGCAGAAGUUGUGAGAGGAAAUAGGCUUGAAAAGCUUCUCAAUAAAGAUCUAGAAGGAGACGAGGAAUGUGGCAUAUGCAUGGAAAAUAGCAUGAAGAUGGUUCUACCUAAUUGUGGACAUUCUCUGUGCAUUAGCUGCUUCCAUGAUUGGUAUGUGAGAUCAGAAUCAUGCCCAUUUUGCCGUGGAAGCCUCAGAAGGAUCACUCCAAGAGAUUUAUGGGUGGUUAUUGGCAACAAAGAUGUAGUUGACAAGGUUACCAUUGCCAAGGAGAAUUUAAGACGUUUGUACCUUUACAUUGAAACACUGCCUCCAAUCAUACCGGAUGCACAUGUAUAUACAUUUAAUUAUAUGAUAUAA